UCCACGCUCUUCGUCGGCGGCCUGAGCUGGAAUGUCGACGAGGAGUGGCUGAUGCGUGAGUUCGAAGAGUUCGGUGAGCUUGCAAGCACUCGUAUCAUGACCGACAGGGAGACUGGAAAGAGCAAGGGCUUCGGCUUUGUCGAGUUCAAGAGUGUGGAUGGUGCCAUCAAGGCUGUUGAAGGCAAGCAAGGUGGCGAGAUCGACGGUCGUAAUGUCCGCCUUGAUUUCACCGAAGGCCGCAGCCAGAACAACCAGCGCACGCCACAGCAGCGCUCCUCCGACCGUGCGGGUAAGUUCGGCGACGUGCCAAAGGAGCCAAGCUCGACCUUGUUCGUUGGUAACGUUAGCUUCGACGCCAAUGAGGACAUGGUCACGGAAGUCUUCAGCGAGUACGGCAGCAUCAAGGCCGUCCGUCUCCCGACCGAUCGCGACACCGGCGCACUGAAGGGUUUCGGCUACGUUGAGAUGUUUUCGAUCGAUGAUGCCAAGGUGGCCUUUGAGGCUCUCCAGGGCGCCGAGAUCGCUGGUCGCUCUAUCAGGCUUGACUACAGUACUCCCAAGCCAGCCAACGACUCUCCUGGUGGCCGUGGUGGUUUCGGCGGUGGACGUGGCGGUGGCCGCGGUGGCCGCGGUGGCUUCAAUGACCGUGGCGGACGCGGUGGCGGUCGUGGCGGCUUCGGUGGUCGCGGACGUGGCAGGGGCGGUGGGUCUACCAACCGUGGUGGCUUCGGCGACUUCAGUGGCAAAAAGACCAGCUUCUAG